UUCGUUCCUUUGCCCCCACGUUGCCCCUUUUCGUUCCAUCGCCCCCCUGAAGAAUGAAAUUGCCCCCUGUGGGGUGAUAUCGCCCAGGUUAAGAACCACUGGUCUAGACAAUAUGGAGAUGCUGUUUGUGGGUGAUGCAUCUGUCCAGCUGAGUGGUGCCCUGCCUUUCCUGGGGGUCUAAACUUGCCCUAAAGAAGCAGGUUCACAAUUUGGGGAUGCUCUUAGAUCUAUCCCUGUGACUUGAGGCCUUCAUAUCAUGGAGUGCCUUUUAUCAGCUUUGAUUGAUUUAUCAGCUGUGAUCUUAUUGGACAGAAAGAGCUUUGUAACAGUUAUUCAAAGCCUGGUAAUUUCCUAGUUGGAUUAUUGAAUACAUUGUACAUAGGGUGCCUCUGAAAAUGAUCUGCAAACUUCAUUUAGUUCAAAAUAAAACAGUUACCAAUAGAGGAGAAUAUUUGUAGCUCAUAGUUGAAAUGAGUCCUUGAUGCUCUCUGAGCUUGGUUCAAGCUCAUAAAGCAGCUAGACUGCUUAAUGGGGUUGGCUGAUGGGAACUUAGUGAUGCCAGUUCUUUGUGAUUUACAUUGAUUUGCCAAUCCAUAGCCAGGUUUUUAGGGUCUUACAAAAAUCUAAGUGUUGAAGCCAGGGCUUUUUUUCUCAUAGAAUGCCCAGAACAGAGUUCCAACACCUUUUUUGGAUGGAACCUUGGAGGGUAGGCAAGGUGGGUUGUAUGACGUGUGUGAGUUCUGGCACCUUUUUUUUUUUUUAAAUAGAAAAAAAGCACUGGUUGGAGCCAUUCUAAUCUCAAAAGGCAUGAUGUUCCAUAAAGCAGGGGCCACUGUAGAAAAAGUCCAUCUUCUAGUCCCCGCCAGCCAACACUCUUUGGCUGAUGGGAUCUGGAUAUUAGUUUUUGAAUAAUAGCUGUCUAAUUUAUGUAAUGUUUAUAGUUUAUUUUAUGUUUUUAUUUAAAUUGCAUUUUAGUGUGUUUUAUUAUACAUUUCCCAGAGAGAUCCAGCUAUUGGCUGGUUCAUACAUAAUAAAGAGUGAAUUUUUUUAAAAAUUAAAACAUAUAACCAUUUUUUUGCAAAACACUUUGGAAUUCUUUUACUAAUUCAUUUUUAAAUUUAAAUUGGCUCCUCAAAGCACUUCAGUCCCCCCCCAUUUUUAAAUUUCCCAUACAAAGGUGCAAUAUUCAUGUAAAUACCAUAUUUGAAAUAUAAAUUUUUGGAUUGCAAUUUAGAAAAUGUGUAAUAUUCAUAAUCUUAAUUAUGGAUGUUCCUAUAUAUUAUGUAGUUGUCCUUAAGGAGACAUUGGUUCCUAUAGAUACAUGCAAUACUAUGGUUAUUUUUCUCACCAUUGUAAUAAAUAUAUUGCUUGCUCCCUCUUUUUAGGACCCUUUAAGGAUAGUUUGAUUUAUUGUCACAGAGUGGGUUUGCAUAAUACACAAGGUUAUUAUAUAUUUGCCUAGUUUGUAAAUCAUGGUGUACGUGAGACAAAUAACAGUAGCAUGAUUCAUCUAUGUUUCAGUAUGGUGUACAAAUCUGGGCACUUGGGUAAGUCAGUAAAUCUUUGUUCAUUGAUUUAUGAGUAAGUGUGUUAUGCAAAUACAGCCUCAGUAUUAUUCAUUCAAAUCAAGGUUCACCUCUUAGAAAUCUAUGACUUACUCUCUUUUUCCUGCACCCUCUUCUGCUAAUUGUAUUUUGCAUUCUCCCUCCACUCUCAAAUGUUUUGAACCUUUGUUCAAUCAUUCUGUAACUCUUAAGUGUUGUUUCUGUUUAUGUGGGGAUGGAGAAAGCAGGUUGGUUUUGAAGAGGUAUUCAUGUCUCUCCAAAAUUAGAAUUGAUGGAAAAGAACAGAACAUCUUUAUUGUGUUCACUGACCAGAAUUGUGCAUACUUUUGUAAUAACGUUUGCAGAGCUCAAAUGGAAAUAAAUGAAAACUUCUGAUUAAAUUAGGAGAAACUAAAAUUUAGGAAUAAAGUGUAAGAAAUAAAGUAGUAAAAAUUUAAGUGUUGUAAUAUUACUUCACCAAGAUAAAGGCAAAACCCAAAAUAUACUGUGUUAUUGUUUUAGAUUGGAGUACACUUUUCUUUUAUAUCUUGGUAAAUAAUAUAAAAUAAUAUAAAAAUUGUCAGAAGAAAUGAAAUGUAAGGUGAAAUUAAAUACAGGUGAUGAAUUUCAUGAUAAUAUUAGCAGUACAGGAACACAUGACCUGUAGUUUCAACUGGUCCAGAAUGGCAGGGACAAAACCUCACCUUUGAAGUGAAUUUGUUGAUAUCUUCCUUUCAAUGAGAGGCAAAUCAGUAUGUUAAUUGCUUUUGGGCAACUUUUUUAUCUUUAGGGAAACCCAAAUAAUUCAGGCCUGUUUUAGUUGGAUCAUUAUUUUAUAAUUUUGCUUCCAAUGUCAUUUUCCAAGCUGAAUGAAAAUGAACUAACAAUGUGAAGGCAAUCUUGCUGUGAUAUUUGCCACCUUAUUGAUAAUCAGGGUUCAUUCAGCUUUUAGUGGAAAACUUGUUGCUAAUGUCUCAGCACUUUAAGUGGGUGCUUCUACUUGCUUCUUAGCAGUUCAUCCAUUCUGCUCUGAAUUUCACAUAAUUUUAAAUGAAUUAUAUUUUUGUUAUUGAUGAAUAAUACUUUAGACAAAAAAUGAUAUUCUUGCCUAUUGAUUUCCACCACAAAAAGCCACCUUCCUCUAAGUCAGGGGUUCCCAAUCCCCGGGCCUCAGACCACUACUGGGCCACGUGCAAGUGGCAGGCAAGCAUGCUAAGCUUCAUUUGCGCAUUUGUGAGAUUAGGUUGAGCAUGUGAAUCCAUCCCUUCACCCACCCAACCCCGACACUGGUCCGUGCAGCCAAAAAGGUUGGAGACCACUGCUCUAAGUCUUUACCAAUAAGUAUAUGUUUGGGAACAUAGUUAAGGUAUCACAUAGAUUUGCUUUCAGAUAAGAUAAUUAAUGCAGUAAAAUGUAGGAAUGGGGAACUUUGCAUUGUGUAAUGGUAUCGAGCUAUGACAUAAUUAAAAAGCUGGAUGCUGUAGUUGAGCAAUAUUGAGGUGUCUAUUAGUUUCAGACAAAGACCAAGAAAAUGCCAUGAAAUUUCCUGAGUGAUUAUGCUUCCCCUCUUUAAAUAAGCAGUUGAGUGGCUGCAAGCAUACAAACAUAUACUCCUUUCAGCUUAGAGAAAAGGUAUACAGUACAUGGGCUCAAGAUUUCCAGUUAAUACUUCUGAUCAGGAGGAUUUCUACAACCAGAUGUUUCCCGAAUAAAAAUCCCCAGGACCUGAAGAUAGUGUUAAUUAGGAAUAGGGAUCUAUAAAGCCAUUGGUGCAUGAACCAUUCUUUACACAUAGCACUGAAUUUUAGGUGGUUUGUGUCUGACCCGAAACAUUUGUAUUCAGCCCAGAUUACCAAAAUGGGCUGUUUUGUCCUGAAUUAUAGAUUGAAAGCAGAAAAGCAGGAAAAAUCGAAGGACAUGGGUAGAGGGAGAGGAGGGGGGAAGAGAUGCGACAGAGGGGAAAAACAUUAGGGAGAUGAAAGGGGGCCAGCUGGGCAGCGGGCUAUUACCCUGGGGAGGUUGAUGUGUGGAGAGAAGUGGUGAUGUACCCCAGCUUUGCCUUGUAUUCUCUGCAGAAUCUCCAGGAUCUAUGCAGAUUUCGUAUUGGAUGGAUCAUCUAAAACGGUGAUUAGAAUUUCAGAGAAGUGAUUCCCUCCCCUCCCCAGUUGAACCAAAUAUACAAUGUACUGUAUUUUCUAGGUUUUUUUUUUAAUACUCCCUAUUGGAAGCAUUUUCCUGAUGUCCAGCUUGGUGGCAGUAUCUAGCUAUCCUGGAGUGAUCUCAGAAAAAUAGGUUUAGAUACAUCUAGUACUUGGAUGAAAGAAUCCCAGCACCUUGCUUUGUGGGACUCAAUGGGGUAUCUCAAAGGGAUAACAGGGCUGUAUGUAAAGUUGGAAGUCAAAACUACAAGGCAGUGGCAAGCAAAUUCCAUGCUAUUAGCAGGAAAACCUCAGGCUUGGUUCAUGUGGUCAUUAGGAGCCAAGCUUAAUGUGGAAAAAAAUCUUUCCCCCCCCCAUCUAAAUAAUAAAAAGUUAUUACUAAAUUAAUAAACAACAUUGGGUGCAAAAAAUCUUGAAUGGCAUUUGCAAAAUCUGUGCAUUGACAAAAUUUCCAUCUGUAAAUUACAAAAAGCCACACUGCUUGGAUCCUACACCAAUUCAUUACAAGUUCCUAGGUUCUUGGGAAGAACUUGAUGCCUAUGAAAGCCAACACCAGCUAUUCUAGGAGGAAUGGGAUUUGAACAGAUGGCCAGACUGGCAAAACGAGGGAAUAAAUAAUGGGGAAAAAAAGCAUUUGUAGCAGUGGCAGUCGUUCGGCAGCGGUGCAGAGAGCAAGGCUCAAGACUUUGAAAAAGACAGCUAUGAAGUCAGAAGAUGACAAGCCAUUCUUGCAUGUGACUGGAGGCCUGCUGCUUUGCAUACUAGUGGUGGCUUCAGGAAUUUUUGAUGGCGCUCACAUAGAUACUGGCUACGAGCAUUAUGCUGAACCAACUGUGCCUGGAAUGCCAACUUUCCUAGCUAUGCCAGCAAAUUGCUUAAUCAAUUUGGCCUACUUACUUCUGGGUUGGUAUUGGUGGCCACCAGGUGACAAGAGUAGGCAGACCUACUUUCAAGAGAUCUUUGCCCUCAUGGCGCUUUUAUAUGGGCCUACACAAUGGGUCCGGCUGUGGACACAACAUCACUGGGCAGCUGUGCUAGAUCAGUGGUUAACACUACCAAUUUUUGCUUGGGUCAUUGUUUGGUGCCUUUUUCUUGAAGAUGGGUGGCAACCAUAUGUUUUUCUAGCCAUAGAAGUGACUUCACUGACUAGUUAUGUUCUGGCAUUGCUUCACCCACAAGGUUUUGAGUUGGCAUUGAGUGGACAUAUAAUUGCUGUUUUUUGGAGAGUACUGAAAGUGCAAAGACAUUUUGGCAGUGCCAGUUCCAUCUGGAUUAUAGUUCUGGGGACGAUGUGUUGCUUGGGUUUUGUAAGCCUCAAGGUGUGGGAUCGGGAACUGGCCCAGUGGGUGCUCUUCUCUCGGCUCACUGGUCAUUUUUGGUCCAAGAUAUGCGAUGUGUUGCAGUUCCAUUGUGCUUUUCUCUUUCUUACCUUAAUGAGCAGACAUCGACUAUGCUCAAUGAAAUAUAAUUUCAGUGAACAAUCUUAAUCAAA